AUUCCUCCUCUGGAGAGAGACCCUCCCACUCCCGUCUCUCUGUUAUAGCGGCCCGUCUAAAGCGAUCAUCAAUCCAAGUGGAAAAAGAAAACCGAGAAGAGAAGUAGAGGAGGAACGAACUUCUCCGGAAGAGAAGAGAAAUCCCAAAUUUUUGCUGUAUGUCAGCGAAAUACUAUAGUGGUGGUGAGAAACAUAGCUACGGCGGCGAAUACGGCGAACUCUCUAACCCUUCAGAAUGGCCACAGCUCAGGAAAAGGCGACGCUUUCUCAAACAGCUUCUGAGAAUCCCAUCAGCAGCAAGAGUUCUGCAGCAGCGAUGGCGACCCUGAUCCACGAUUCCCUCUCUGAUUCUGCUCCUUCUGCUACUACCAAAACCACUGCCGCCACUCCAGUUAUGUCUAGGGCACAGACAUGCCACCCACUGGAUCCAUUAAUGGCUGCUGAAAUAGCUGUGGCUGUGGCUACUAACUUUGGUUUAAUUUAUGAUCAGGUGAGGGAUAGCAUGCGAUUUAUUGAAGUGGUUCUUGUGGAGCCAGACAAGAAUGUUGUUGCCCUUGCGGAUGCAUACUACUUCCCUCCGUUCCAGCCUUCAUUGCUUCCCAAAACUAAAGGCAGGCCAGUGAUCCCCACAAAGCUUCCUCCUAGACAAGCCAGGCUUGUUGUUUACAACAAGAAGUCGAACGAGACGAGCAUAUGGACAGUUGAGCUCAGUGAAGUUCAUGCAGCAACUAGAGGCGGCCAUCACAGGGGCAAAGUCAUUUCAUCCAAAGUUGUUCCGGAUGUGCAACCUCCAAUGGACGCUGAGGAGUAUGCUGAAUGUGAGGCUGUGGUAAAAGACUACCCACCGUUUCAAGAGGCUAUGAGAAAGAGGGGCAUUGUGGAUAUGGAUCUUGUCAUGGUGGAUCCUUGGUGCGUUGGGUACCACAGUGAAGCUGAUGCACCUAGGCGUAGGCUUGCUAAGCCACUAAUAUUCUGCAGAACUGAGAGUGACUGUCCUUUGGACAAUGGAUAUGCUCGUCCUGUCGAAGGAAUCCAUGUUCUUGUUGAUAUGCAGAACAUGGUAGUGAUUGAAUUUGAGGACCGUAAACUUGUCCCUCUACCGCCAGCCGAUCCCUUGAGAAACUACACUGCUGGGGAAACUCGUGGUGGUGUUGAUAGGAGUGAUGUGAAACCUCUGCAGAUUAUUCAGCCUGAAGGUCCAAGCUUCCGCGUCAGUGGCCACUUUGUCAAUUGGCAGAAGGGCUGCGACUGUCUGGGUUACAUAAAGUACUUUGAUGCGCAUUUCACAAAUUUCACAGGAGGUGUUGAAACGAUUGAGAACUGUGUUUGUCUGCAUGAAGAGGAUCAUGGAAUCUUAUGGAAGCAUCAGGAUUGGAGAACUGGUUUGGCGGAAGUCCGUCGAUCCAGGAGGCUAACUGUGUCUUUCGUAUGCACAGUGGCUAACUAUGAGUAUGGAUUCUUCUGGCACUUUUAUCAGGCAAGAUGGCAGAUUGAAGCUGAGGUAAAGCUCACCGGAGUUCUGAGUCUAGGAGCAUUACAACCUGGGGAAGCUCGGAAAUAUGGGACCAUGAUCGCCCCUGGAUUGUAUGCACCAGUCCAUCAACACUUUUUUGUGGCACGUAUGGAUAUGGCGGUUGAUUGCAAGCCUGGUGAAGCGUUUAAUCAGGUAUAA